AUGAGAGUUGGCAGUCCUCAUUCUCUGCUGCAUCUGCUCAAACAACCCGCGGCAAAAGUUCUCCUGAUCGCGGGUUUCGUAUACCUCCUCGCCUUCCAGUACUGCCGAAUCCGCUUCUGGCGCGAUCCUCACUCGGCCUUUUUCGAUAUUCGCAAUGUGUUCGAGUGGAAAUACAGUCUUCUGCGAGAGCAUCAAGCUCUACAUCUCACGUCUGUGUACAAUGCUCCAUCUGGCAGCGGGCUCGACGACAAACUGGGCAAUGACCGCCCCUUAAUGUGUGCUGCGCUGGCCACUGUAAAACGCGACAGGGACGAUUACUUCGAAGCGACCGUGGGAUCUUUGUUAGCUGGUCUUGAUGUUCGAGAAAGACACGCCCUCCAUCUAGCGGUUUUAUUCGCAAAUACCGAUCCAACUCAACAUCCCAGCUGGGCCCAGAGAUGGUUGGGCCGAUUAGUGGAUUCAGUAUCCUCGUACAAUGUCUCUGAGGAGCAGUUUCGCCAUUUGCGAGAUUUGGAAGAACAGCAUAACUUCUAUGAAAAGGGUGUAUACGACUACGUCUAUCUACUUAAUAAAUGUCUCGAAACGGGUGCCCCGUACAUUUUCAUCCUUGAGGACGAUGUCAUACUCGCCGACGGAUGGUUUGUAAAAACCAUGAACAGUCUGCACCAAAUAUCCCACGGACCGACUGCACGCAACAAUACAUGGAUCUAUCUGCGCCUCUUCUACACGGAAACCUCUCUUAUGUGGUCGUCCUCGGACUUCUGGUAUCGGAACAUGCCUCUGGCAUUCCUUUUGGUUAUGGGAUCUGGAUGCGCUCCAUUGCUGCUUAUUCGGCGACACUGGCAUAGCACCCAUUCCUCUCUUAAUAAUUGGACUAUCGCAGCCGUGUGUUUGGUGAUUAUCCCAGCCUACACGGCAUUGCUAUACAUGAUGGGUAAAUACUCCUUGCUUCCGCUGGAAGGUGUAGUGGAGAUGAAUGGUCCGGGAUGUUGCACGCAAGGGCUAGUUUUCCCUCGCGAACAGGUGCCGGCCUUGGUGACUCAUCUGGAAGAAAAGAAAGCCGGGCAGACAGAUAGCAUGAUUGAGGAGUAUGCUGAUCAGACUGGCUUGACGCGGUUGGCGCUGGCGCCGCAGCAGUUACAGCAUGUUGGGUUACGAUCCAGCCGUGAUAAUAUUGAGGUAAAUACCCAGAGCACCUGGGCUUUCUGGUUUGAGGAGAAUGAUUCCCGGCAGCUGAAAGCUGAGCAUGAACGGCUCCUGGCUGCGAGCGAUAAUUAUUGGCUUCUAAAUUGA